AUGACUAAUAGAUUUACUGAUUGUUACUCGGAAAAACAAUCUGGACCAAUCGGUGGCUAUUGGAAGUAUCCACUAGUCUCCUUAAAAGACGCAUUAGCUCCUGUUUUGUCGAAAAUUCAAGGAUUGGAUCGGGAUAUCAAAGAAGCUUAUGAUCAUUGUCAUUUUCCAUCAGAACAUGGUCUUACUAAGGAUGAAGCGGCUGCUCUAUUCUUAUACACACUUGAAGCAGGUGAAUACAGUUUUUAUGCUGUCUUGAACCGAGCACUGCGAGAAGAAGAGCGAAGAAAAUUAACACCGUGGUUCUCCUUUCUGAAAUUGUUCGACGAAGCCCUGGAAAAACUACCUACAGUAAAAGGAUGCAUUUGGCGUGGAGUAUCUCAGGACGUUAGCAAAGAUUACGUUAUGGGUGCCGUAAAAACAUGGUGGAGUAUUAAUUCUUGUUCAUCAUUAGUGAAAGUCGUCGAAGAUUUUUUAAGCACCGACGGUAACUCCACACUGUUCAUGAUCGAAGCUGCAAAUGGAAAAGAUUUGACUGGAUACACUAAUUACCCUGAUGAAAAAGAAGUUUUGUUGAAAAUGGGAACGAAAUUACGUGUAAAGAGCAAUGCAAUGAAACAUGGCAAAUUACACCUUAUCCAUUUAGUGGAAAUCGACAAUAAUGACCCAGCAGAAACACCAGCUACUGCAGCCGCAGCGUCAUUGGCAUCAUCAUCAUCAUUGUCAGUCUCAGCUGCAGCUGCAAGUUAUGUACAACCAAAACCACCCACCAAAACUGUUCCCAGUAAGUUUUACAUACAUUUUCGUUGA